CAAGAUCACACAUGAUUAUAUUUAGGCUUACACAUUGAGAGAAUUUGAUGAGUCAAAGUGCUUAGAUGAACAGUCCCAAAAGUCAAAAGUGGACGAAUACUCCGGAACGGGGGAGUACCGUGUAAUUUGUACAUUAGUCUUAUAGUGGAUUUUGUAUGUCAUCUGCCUCGGACCGUUAACCAACCAAUUCCAUCAUCUACGCUCUCUGCUCUUGAAGGUUACUUAUAUAUAUAUAUAUAUAUAUAUAUAUAUAUAUAUAUAUAUAUAUAUAUAUAUAUAUAUAUAUAUAUAUAUAUAUAUCGCCACAGAAAAAUAAAAAAUGGCAGUGGAUUCGCAUCCGAGAGAGCCCCCCGUGAAGGCUUUUGGCUGGGCGGCGAGGGACACCUCCGGCGUUCUCUCUCCUUUCAAUUUCUCCAGAAGGGGAACUGGGGAGAAAGAUGUUCAAUUCAAGGUUUUGUACUGCGGAAUUUGUCACUCUGAUCUUCACAAGUGUAAGAAUGAAUGGGGCAUCACUAAAUACCCCAUUGUUCCCGGGCACGAAAUUGUCGGGGUUGUGACUGAGGUCGGGACCAAGGUGGAGAGAUUCCAGAUCGGAGACAAAGUUGGCGUUGGGUGUCUGGUCGGAUCCUGUCGCGAUUGCAAAAACUGUUCCCGCGAUCUGGAAAACUACUGUCCCAGGAGUGUACAGACUUACAAUGAUUCAAGAUCCACCACGUACGGUGGCUACUCCGACAUCAUGGUCGCCGACGAGCACUUUGUGCUCAAAUGGCCGGAAACCUUGCCGAUGGAGGCAGCUCCCCUGCUGUGUGCCGGGAUCACAACAUACAGCCCAUUGAAACACUUUGGGCUGGACAAGCCAGGAAUGAACAUAGGAGUUGUGGGCCUGGGUGGUCUUGGCCAUAUGGCUGUCAAGUACGCCAAGGCUUUCGGGUCCAAGGUGACUGUCAUCAGCACCUCUGCCGGUAAAAAGCAAGAGGCCAUUGAUCGUCUUGGUGCUGAUUCGUUCUUGAUCAGCCGUGACCCUGAACAGAUGGAGGCUGCAAUGGACACACUGGAUGGGAUAAUAGACACCGUUUCUGCGGUUCACUCUAUUCAGCCACUACUCAGUCUAUUGAAAACCGACUGGAAGCUCGUAUUGGUUGGCAUCCCUGAAAAACCGCUUGACCUUCCCGUGUUUUCUUUGCUCAGGGGUAGGAAGCUUGUUGCUGGAAGUGGCAUUGGUGGAAUAAAGGAGACGCAAGAAAUGCUAGACUUCUCCGCGAAGCACAACAUAACUCCAGACAUCGAGAUUGUUGCAAUGGACUAUGUCAACACGGCCUUAGAGCGUCUUGAGAGAGCUGAUGUGAAGUAUAGGUUUGUGCUGGAUAUCGGCAACACUUUAAAAUCAGCUUAAGUAUUAGAUCUCUUAAUUGAGAAUGCUUGUAUUGUAUAGAAGACAUGACAGUGUCUUUCUUUGGGUGGGAAAAGAAUUUUGAAAGUUCUUCCAAUGUGUCUGUUAUUAUGAUACUCCCUCUGUCUCUCAUAGAUCUUCUCAAUAGCCAUUUUUCUUUGUCCACAAUAGAUCUUCUCAUUUCAUUUUUUAACAAUUAAAAUACUACAACUACCCUCACUUACUUUAUUUAUUACACAUCAUCCACCUCAUUUAAUACACUCCACCCAUUUUUCAUUAAGGGUAUUAUUGUAAACUUUCACCUUUUUUCAACUCUCCUUAAAAAUCACCAAAAGUCAAAAUGAGAACAUCUUAGGGGGACGGAGGGAGUAUGUGUUUGUAACAUGUGUUCUGCAUGAUGUUGUCCAAUAAUGUUAUAUAGCCAUUGGCUAUUCAUUCUACCAAGACAAAAUCUUCCGUUCUGGUCUCAUGGACUUGAGGAAUAAAUGGGAUCACCGAGC